AUGGACGCCCUCUUCUAUCUUCCAUUUAUCAGUAUUCUCCUCGUGCCCACUAUGUCCUCCUACGCAACCACCCUCAACGUUGUCUUCUUCUACAUGACAUGGUCUACCCUCGUGCUGUCGCAUUCGCCCUUACGAGUUGAGCUAGUCGGCUCAUUCGUCGUGCGAUUGCUACUGUUUAUAAUUCCGUCCUCUCUCGCAUUUCUAUUUGAUAUCCUCACGCCGUCCGCGGCUGUGCAUAUCAAGGCGCACGGUGAGGCCGGGCUGCCCGGGCUGCCCAGUGGCAUAAAGCGCGGCAAGGUUCGCCCAAUGGUGCUCAAAGUCGCAGCAUGGUCGCUCUUUAAUAUGAUCAUGGGAACUGCCCUUCAAGCUGGUAUCGAACAUCUGCUGGUCCGGAUACUCAAAGUUCGCAGCGCGUUGAAGUUCUCUGUGUUUUUUCCCUUGCCAUGGUCUAUGGCCUGGUCUCUACUCAUCGGCCUAAUUCUACGAGAGAGUAUAACCUACGGCUUGCACCGCCAUAUCCUCCACAACUCUAGAUCAGUCUUCACCAAGUACCUCGCCAAAUGCCAUAAUGACUGGUACCACAGCCUUGAGGUCCCAUUCCCUCUUACAGCGCACUACGACCACCCGCUCGUAUAUAUAAUCGGUCGAUUUAUCCCCACCUACCUACCAGCCAUGCUGCUGCGCUACCACAUGCUUACAUAUGUGCUUUAUCUGGCAAUUAUAUCUGUUGAGGAAUCUUUCGCGUAUUCUGGUUAUACCAUUAUGCCAACCAAGUUUCUUCUUGGGGGCAUUGCUCGUCGGAUGGAUUAUCAUCUCAUCUCCAAGGGAGAAGGCAAUUUUGGACCUUGGGGUAUUUUGGAUUGGGUAUUUAGUACAACUAUUGGAGAAUCUGAUAUUGAGGAGGAUCUUAUGGCGGAAAUGGAUGAGGCAGAGAUUGAAAAACAGGUUAGGAAGCAGUUGGAGGCUUCGAAGCAGUUGAUUCGUGCGAAUACUUUGCGGAGGAAUACGGUAUGA